GGCGUUUCUGUAUGGCAACUUCUUGUCUCUCAUCACAGAGAGAGAGAGAGAGAUCGGUUCUCUCUGCGAGCGAUGAGAACACUUUCCACUGAAACAUCCAAACUAACCGUUAAAAUUGAAUAGUCUAGACAUCAGUUUUGUUUUGUUUUUUUUUUUAAAUUUUAAAAAACGAUCUGUUUUGAUCAAAAUCGAAGCUUGAUCGAGUAGUUUCAAACUUUCAUCAUGUUUUGAUUUUGAUUGAAAUCCUCAACGAUCUGUUGUAGUAGUAGUAGUUGUUGUAGCCAUGGAUAUCCGAUUUCCAUACUCUCCAGCGGAGGUCGCCAAGGUCCGGAUGGUCCAGUUUGGCAUCCUUAGCCCCGAUGAGAUCAGGCAAAUGUCAGUGGUGCAGAUCGAGCACAGUGAGACGAUGGAGCGAGGGAAGCCGAAGCCCGGUGGCCUCAGCGACCCUCGGUUGGGUACUAUUGACCGAAAGAUGAAGUGUGAGACCUGUAUGGCCAACAUGGCUGAGUGUCCUGGCCAUUUUGGGCACCUCGAGCUCGCCAAACCCAUGUUCCAUAUUGGAUUUUUGAAAACUGUACUCAGUAUUAUGCGAUGCGUUUGCUUCAAUUGCUCCAAAAUUCUGGCCGAUGAGGAGGAACACAAAUUUAAGCAAGCUCAGAAAAUUAGAAAUCCAAAAAACAGACUUAAAAAGAUCCUAGAUGCUAGCAAGAGCAAAACAAAAUGUGAAGGUGGCGAUGAAAUUGACACCCAAGAUCAAGAUACUGAUGAACCAGUUAAGAAGAGUCGAGGGGGUUGUGGUGCUCAACAACCUAAGCUCACUAUUGAAGGUAUGAAAAUGAUUGCUGAAUACAAGCUUCAGAAGAAGAAAAAUGAUGACCCAGAACAGCUUCCUGAACCUGUUGAAAGGAAACAACAGCUCUCCGCUGAAAGGGUUUUAAAUGUCCUGAAGCGUAUAAGUGAUGAAGACUGCAAGUUGUUGGGCUUGAAUCCUAAGUAUGCCCGUCCAGAUUGGAUGAAAUUGCAAUAGGAUGUCAUUGUGGUAUGAGCAUACUACAGGAAGAGCUGAAGAAUUGUUCCAAUAGCCUCA